CAAAUGUGUUGGAGCUGUGCACCUGCGCACAGGCUCUUUAUUGCAAAUUGAGUGUUGAUGUCAAGUGUAGAUUCGCUGGUUCUGAGAGCUCGUUCUGCAAUGGGACUCGAGUAAGACCGUGGCGCGGAAGCGAGCACUCCAGACAAGGUGUAUGAGGUGUGAUGGCGUCGUGCUCUGAGGCCUGUAACUCAGGGUCUGGAUGUGGGGCAGGGUCCUCAGGCUGUGAGGUAGGUUCUAGCUGUGCCUGUCCGCAGUUUGGGGUGCGUUCCUACCUGCACCAUUUCUAUGAGGGGUGCAGCACUGCAUCAGGGUGGGAGACAGACCCUGAGGGAGUGGGGGACGUCCAGACCUUGAGAUCACCCCUGAGGUGGAGCUCAGCACUCUGGAAGGUCUCUCUGGCCCUUGGUCUCCUGAUGGUGACCUCUGGUCUGGUCAGUCUGUCCGUGGGUUACUCCGGCCCCACCAGGAUCGAGUCCUUCGGGGAGGGGGACCUCCUCUUCAUAGACACCCAGGCUGUCAGUUUUAACAGGGGUCUGCAUCACUGCGUGGCGGCCGGGAUCGGUCUCACCUGCCUGGGAACGGGUCUGACCGUGGCGGGCCUCCUUUUCUGGUCCUUCUCCAGGAGCCGAUUGAAAGAGAGGCUAUAUCGGAGAGAGAGAGAGAAGAAGGGAGGGGUGGAGUGUGGAAAGAAG